GAAAAAACUAUUACACCGAAUGAAACUUACAAAUUUAUGGACCGCAUUAUUCAAAUAUUUAUUUAUUUAUUUAUUUAUUUAUCGUUCUUCUCUUCGUAUGAAAAGGGAAGAAGAAAUCAAUUAAUUUCACAAAACCCAUUUAUUUGGACCAAUUCAUCGCCUAACCCCAAAGUCCAAAUGGCACGCCGACUUUUCAUUCCAAGCUUAGAAUUCUCGCCCCCAUUCUUCAUUAACAAAAAGCUGAAAUUUCAAUCACUAUAAAUUUCUUACCAUAAAAGAAAGAAAAUCAAAUGCUUUGAUCUCUAAAACUAUUACCUCAUCUUCUCUAUUCUCCGACUUCCCCAAUCCAAUGAUCGCCUCGUCGGCGGCGAACCUCCUUCGCGCGGUCGUCGCCGUUGUCUUCAUCAUUUCGAUACUUCGGUUCGUGUUGUCUCUGAAAUCCCUGUCAUACCUCCUCGGUCGAUUGUGGCGAUGGGGAGAGGAAAGAACCCAAGCGUACCAGAGCUUCAAUGUCCCGCGAUACGGUGAAGGAUUGCAGGAGAAUCCGUUGUAUAGAAAAGCGGCAGCCUAUGUUGCCACGCUUCCUGCCGCCGAGGAUUCCGAUCACACCAAUCUGUUUUCCUCCGGAGUCCGGCCUAACGAGUUCUCGGCUCAGCUCGCUGCUGGACAGAUUAUUAACGAUUUUUUUCUCGGGGCUCGGGUUUCUUGGACUUUUCACCCAGGAGCCGGCGAUGGGGGAUGCCUUGUGCUCCGGCUUCGGCGGCAGGAUCGGUACCGCGUGCUCCGGCCGUAUCUUCAGUACGUGGAGAACGCUGCGGAGGAGAUCGAGAAUCGUCGGAAAGAGAUUAGGAUGUACACGAUCGCCGCCGGGAAGUGGAGAUCCGUUCAGAUGACGCAUCCAGCCACGAUGGAGACCGUCGCAAUGGAACAGGACAUCAAGAAUAGGGUGAAGUCCGAUCUUGAAUCGUUUUUAAAGGGGCGGGCCUAUUACACUCGGCUUGGCCGCGUGUGGAAGCGAAGCUACCUCCUCCAUGGCCCACCGGGAACAGGAAAAUCAAGCUUCGUCGCCGCCAUGGCGCGAUUCCUCAGCUACGAUCUCUACGACCUCGACCUCUCCGUCGUAUCCGAUUCCGCCGAUCUCCGCUCCCUCCUCCUUGAUACGACCCCGAGGUCAAUAAUCUUAAUCGAGGAUCUCGACCGAUACCUCGCCGCCGGUGGCGAUGUCAGCGGGAUGCUAAACUUCAUGGACGGCAUCUUUUCCUGCUGUACCGAGGAGCGGGUGAUGGUAUUCACUGCAAGCGUCAGCAAGGACAAGCUCGAUUCGGCGGUGACCCGACCAGGUCGUCUCGAUGUCCAUAUCAAUUUUCCCCUCUGCGAUUUCACCGCCUUCAAAACUCUGGCAAGCAGUUACCUCGGGCUAAAAGACCACAAGCUCUACCCACAGGUGGAAGAAGGGUUUCAGACCGGAGCAAAACUAAGCCCCGCCGAGAUCGGCGAGAUCAUGAUCGCUAAUCGAGGAUCGCCGAGCCGAGCGCUCAAAUCCGUUAUCAACGCCCUGCAACGAUCCGCCUCUUUUAACGACGCGGAGAAGACGCUCGUCACGAACUAUUCAUCCGGAAGCCGACGGUUGUCGGAGUCGGAAUUAAUCGAUUGCACUUCAGGGCGAAUGGGGUUAGGGUUCGGGAAGGAUACGACGGUAAGGGAGAUCAGGAAGCUUUACGGUCUUAUAAAGUUGCGGAGCGGAAGCAGACGAGAGGGGACAACGCCGGCGGACGUCGCCGGCAAUGCGGCGGAUGCCGGCGGCGUAGUGGAUGAGAGGAGAUGAUCUAAUUGCAUUGGGACACCGGACAUGUCUGUGUCAGUAGGCGGUUCCGUGUCGUGGGUUUCUGACUGGAGUUGUGGCUCCGCCACGGCAUUAGUUCGAUUCCGUCGUCCCGGAUUCUUGUGGCUGAGUGAUAAAAUUCAAUUUCUUUAGGGUGUAAAUUGUAAAUUCAGGUACAAGUAUCAAUACUUGUGGUUAAGUUUGUCUUUUUUUUUUUGGGAAAUAUGUCUUUUUUUUUUUCAUAGUAAUAGUCUAAUAGACAGUUUUAGAGAAAAAUUUAUCCUAAUUUAUAUAUGAAACUCAUCUUGCA